UUAAGUUAUUAUCUCAUAUGACCAAAAACACAACCACUCAACCAAUAUAUCUACACAAAAUAUUUGCAUAAAAACAAACACAUAUUCAUAUACAUAUACAUAUACAUAUACAUAUAUAUAUUUAUGGAUCCAUAUUAUUCAACCUCGUUCGUCCCAUAUCCGAAUUCAGAUUCUGAUUAUUCGAGCUUCAACUACUCAUCAACCCAUCUGGAGUCCAUGUCGUGGGAUAGCUUGUUGAUGAUGAACAACAACAAUCUGGAAAACGACAACCAAGUUCCUCUUCCUUUCAACGAAAACGACACACAAGAAAUGCUUCUCUACGGCGUUUUGGCCGAGUCCAACAUAUCGAGUAAUACCACCACCACCACCACUACCAGUUCUACCUCCAUUAACAAGCUCGAUCACGAAGAGGUCAAUUCAAAAUCCGAGGAAGUAGAAGUAGUAUAUCACGAUCACGACCACGAUCAUGAAGAUCAGAUGGCGAUGGCGAUGAUGAUGACGAAAGAAGAUAUCUCUUACCGAGGAGUGAGGAAGCGGCCGUGGGGAAAAUACGCGGCGGAGAUAAGAGACUCGACGAGAAACGGCGUGAGAGUCUGGCUGGGAACCUUCGACACGGCGGAGGCGGCCGCCAUGGCUUACGACCAAGCUGCAUUCGCAAUGCGGGGUUCGCUGGCGGUUCUCAAUUUUCCGGCGGAGCAGGUGUGCCAAUCCCUUAGGGAUAUGAAGUACAGACUCGAAGAGGGUUGUUCUCCGGUGUUGGCUCUGAAAAAGAGGCAUUCUAUGAAGAGAAAAACCUCGAAGAAGACUAAGCUGAAACAAACCCAGAUUAUUACUAACAACAACAAUAAUAAUCAUAAUAACAGUGUCGUUUACAGCGAAACGACGUCGUUUGAUAAUGUGGUGGUGUUGGAGGAUUUAGGAGCUGAAUACUUGGAAGAGCUUCUUAGUAUAUCUGAAUCCAGUACCGGUAGUUAUGAAGGUGUAUGUCCAUGGUAAAAUCACAUGAGACGGCACACAUGUGAUAAUUUUUUUUGGUAGUCAUAAUUAAACUCUAUAUUUAUGAGCUAAUUAUAAGAUUAUUAGCUAUAAUUAUAUAAGUAAUUAGUCAUCAUAUCUUGGAUAUAAGAGGUCAAUAUAUACAUGACCCAGUUUCUUCUUUGGAUUGUAAUGAAUUAACUUUUUUUUUUUUUUUUGUAAAUCUUUGUAUUGAUCAGAAAGAAUAUAAUGGAGAUGAUUUUAACUUUUUCA